AUGAGCUCCCGGGCCGCCCCGCGGCUGCUGAGGCUCCAGCGACACCUAGGACCCCAGGAGGCACAGGGCAGCAGCAUGGAGCCUACGGACAGCCCACUGACCACCCAUGUGCUGGACACCGCCUCGGGGCUCCCAGCCAGAGGCCUCUGUCUCCGCUUGUCCUGGCUGGAGGACCACAGCCAGCAGUGGAUGGAGCUGAGGACAAGCUACACAGACCCAGAUGGCCGCUGCCCUGGACUCCUGAUGCCGGACCAGAUGAAGGCAGGCACCUACAAGCUCACCUUCGACACUGAGGGCUACUGGAGGAAGAGGGGGCAGGAAAGCUUCUACCCAUACGUGGAGGUUGUGUUCACCAUCACCAGCGACGCCCAGAAGUUCCACGUGCCCCUGCUGCUGAGCCCCUGGUCCUACACCACCUAUCGAGGGAGCUAGAGCGAAGACUGGCAGCAGGAGGCUGCCUGCCCUUUCCCGCACGCUGGCUGCACCCACCCAGCCCUCAGCAGAGAGGGCUUCAUGCUCAUCGGGGAGCACUGGUGUCACCAAUUCCUGGGGAAGUCCUGGCCCCCUGGAGAAUCCCACUGGGCGGCUGUGACUCAGGUGUCAAUAAAGUCAGUGCCAGCACCUGCAAAGCUGUCCACUUGAUGGGACAACAGUGGCAUGAAGACAGGCAGCACAGUGCAGCACUGCCCCAGCCCCCAGGUGAGUGCGGGGCAUUCUGAGAAGGUGCUGCUGACUGUGGUUGGAGGUGAGACCAGGCAGUAGGCCUGGACACAGCCUGGACAUGCACCCAGGGAAGGAAGCGACAGGGACACCACGGGUGAGGGUCCUGCAGGUGGUCCUCCACAGAGCCAGGAAUGAGGAUGGCAAGAACAUGUGAAAAGCUUUCAUUUGCUGAUGAUAAAAUCUAAAAAA